CCCCUCCUCACACCACACACACACACACACACACAGCAGACUCGACUACUGCUGCUUCCAUGGAGCGCAUGUUUCAGUAUCCCAGCGGUUUAAUGAGCCACCAGAGAAGCGGAUGUUGGGAAAACAGUGAUGCGCACUGAGCAGCGCCGAGGACUCACGGGCAUGAUGACUGCGAGGGAGUUUCUGCGCUACAGUGAAGCCAUGGAUUUCCCUGCUCUUUAUUACGUGUUCGGCAUGUUUCCUAAUUCCUGAACACGCGUGGAACACCUGGGAUUGUGCUUUGUAAACUUCACGCGUACGCAUGCACGCCAGCCCGGACCAUUGACGAGGGAUUUCUUGCUGGAGGGUUGUUGUCAAGGCGCAAAGCACAGGUCUGAAAUGUCGGACUUCCACAACCGGAGUCAAACCAGCGCACGUCGGGGAGACUACGUGUGGCAGUAUGAAUAUUAUGACGACGAGGAGCCCGUGUCUUUUGAAGGUCUUAAAGCGCACAGAUACUCCAUCGUCAUCGGUUUCUGGGUAGGACUCGCAGUGUUUGUCAUUUUCAUGUUCUUUGUGCUCACGCUGCUCACCAAGACAGGAGCACCACAUCAAGAAAAUCCAGACGCUUCCGAAAAGCGCCAACAACCCGGGAACUGUCUGGGCGACAUCGGCGGCCCCCAGGAGGAAAACGAAAAAGCCUUCUCGCGACCGCUGCUCGCGGCACCCCGCUCGUACUUUCACUUCUACAUCAGCGAGGAGGACCAGGGCGAGGGGAAGCAAAAGCCAGAAGACAAGGGAGCCGGGAAGCACACAAGGGCUGGAGCCCAGCAGGGGAACUGCAGCCAACCCCGAGGAAUCAGCUGCUUGGGCGUGGAUGAUAUGGAGGAGGAUGUGGACGAAGGUGGCGGACACCAAAGUCACAAGGGCCUAAAGGGGGAAAGUCAGAGAGACAGAGAACACGCCUCCUUGUCUCACUUCAGCAUCCCCAACUUUGUGAAUUUGGAGCACAGUUCAACGCUGGGGGAGGAUGAUUUGGAGUAUGAGCACUCCAGGGAUGUGCUCUGUGACAUCCCUUAAGGCUGCUGCUGCUACAUGGACAAAGUGGUGUUUGUUAUGUUAUUUGCUUUACGUUCGUAGGCCAUUUGUGACCUAACGGGGAGAAAUCCUUGUCAGCUGCUUCACACAUCUACCAUUUUUUCCUUCUGAAGCUUCAAGUGUUUUUAGGUUUUUACCAUCGAGCAAGAAAGAGGCCAACAACUCCCUACUAAGGGGUUCUAAAUGUUCUAAAAGGACAUUUUCAUGCUAAAGAUAAAACUGUCUUUCACUUUAGCUCCUCCGAGACACAGUGUGUCUGUACUGUACCUGAACAAGAUGAACAGAUAGAAGGUCUCCAGGGGAGAUAAUGUUGUGUAGAAACAUUGUUCCCGUCAGGGCCCUUUGGACGAUGGAUGGUUGAAAAUUGAAUGCUGUAUAUAAGAAAAAAAAAAAAAUAUCUUAAAUUAGUGGCAAAAAAAAAACCCUGAACAUACCAUUGUUCUCUUUACAGUGAAUGUAAGUCUGAGACCUUGGAUAAUGAUGAAGAGUUAGUCAUCAACAUCCUGUUGAUGCUCCGUGGUGUUGGCCCCAAAUAAAGACUGAUGUGGUCUUGGAAAUGAACUCAAA